AUGGCGCACGGCUCCGAAACUGCUGAGAACCCUCGGCGAAGUCCAGCUGUCGCAUUUUUUGAAGGCGCAAUUUGCGACGCGACAGUGGAGAUGAAGAGCUGGCGAGCUACCGAAGGAAAUAUCUCACGCAGUCGCGAAAGCAAGAAGGACUCUCAUGAAGAACCGCAGCCUUUCCGAUGCGCUGCGGCGACAGUCGCUCCUUUCACGUGUAACGGGAGAACGGGAAUUUGGCGUCACCGAUUGAUCCUCGUGAAGUGGAUGAACGAUGUCUUCUCUGCCUCGAAAGUCGCGCUAGACUGCGCCGCCCGUUCCAACGUUUGUGGAAUGACCUUCCGCUGCAGUAUUGCUGUAUUGGCUUCAGCAGACGAGCCCACCACGCAGCUUAUGUAA